AAAUCUGUCCAGGCCGUCUGCUGUCUCCUUUGUCCUCCCAUAUUGUGGGACUCAUGCCAUCUGCUCUGUUAUCAUUAUUAUAGGCGGCUUUGGAUUUAAAGUCGCACCUCUCCUUGUGCUCCCUUUCGCUCAGAGUCGACUCCCCAAGCAAACUGCAGGCUAUUUUCUCUAAACGCUGCAACGAAGGUUCUUCCCGGGGUUUUUUUUCUUCCGUUUUUGUACUUUCUGGAGUGAGUACAUUUCUUUUAAUUCUAACGUUGUGCGGUUGCCUAGUGACGUCAGUGUCCCAGUAAGAUCCCAGUCUCCCUCGUUUCCCCCACUUUAGAAGGCUGUGGAAACAAAUCAGGAUGUUUUACACCCCUGAGUGGGCUUACUGGAAACACUGCUCAAACUUUAAGCUCGGAGCCCAAAUGUAAGGAGAGUGGACCCGACGAUGUGGCGAAGAGCCGGGGAUGAAAACGUGGACUCCGGAGCUGACACAGCCGAAUCUGUCAGCAGCAGAAUGUCGUCGUCUGCUAGUGAGCUCAUGAGCGGCCGGGCCGCGCAGCAACGCCAACAACAACUCUUGCCGAUAAACCUGCAUCUGCUGUCCAACCCUGGAGAUUCUUUGCUUCUGCAGCAGACGCUGGACCGCCUGCUGCGCUGGCUGUGCCCAAGCCUCCGGAUCUUCCAUGUAUCAGAGAGGGCUUCCCCCUUCAGAGCUCACACUCACCUUCGUCCUGUGGCCGACUACCCUUCUCUGGCCAUCACCUUCUUCCUCCACGAAGCCUACGGAGAGGAGCGGAUCCUCAAAGUCCUGGACUUCUUCCAGCGCCCGCCCUGGCAGUACCAUCACACCGAGAGCUGCGGCAGCCGAACCAGAGGGAUCCACAUCACUUCCAGCAGUUCCCCAUCCAACGCCCUGCUGCGGCCCUACCUCCUGCCAAGCAGAGACUUUUACAGCCUGGGGCCCUGCAUGCCUGUGUGGGGGGUGCGACCCGUGCACUGUGGAGGAGAAAUCCUGCGUAUAACGCUGUACAGCAGCUAUGACAACUAUGAGGACGCUGUGAGGUUCUACGAGACGAUUCUGCAGCGACAAGCCGAGGAGCAGAAGGCUGGUUUCUGCUGGUUCACCCUCCACGCAGAGCCUGGUCUCUGCCUUCAACUGGCUUUAAAACAGCUGUCUCCAGGGGUUGGAGUGGAAGCAUGCAGCUCUGCUGUGCUGCAGUUCAGUGUGGAAGAAGUGGGACAGCUGGUCCCCCUGUUGCCCAACCCCUGCGCCCCCAUCAGUAAUACACGCUGGCAGACUGAAGACCUGGAUGGUAACAAGGUUCUCUUCCAAGUGAAGGCUCCAGCUCAACCUCGUCGACCUCUGACCUGUGCAUUCCCUCUCACCUGCCUCAGUUUGCCACCUCAAGGAGUGCAGCUCCGGAGCGGCGGACACGGAAACGGUUUCCUGCCAUGCGGCCUCACCGCUUCCCUGACGAUGCAAACUCACAGGCAAGGAAUCGGACCUCGCAGCGAGCCGGGUCUUGAGAAGCUGCUUGGAGGAUGUGGAGGAGCAGAAAGUCUGGGGUCAGGCAGCUGCUGCAGCACCCCUCCUGGAAGCUCCUGUUACUCAUCCCAACGCAGCAGCCCCGCUCAGCUCUCCACCUCCAACCACCCCGACUCUCCUCUGCGCCCCUCCGUCACCCGCUCUCUCUCCCAUCUCCUCCUGGAAGAAGAAGAAGAGGAGACCAACGUCGACACUGGAGUCGCCAUCUCUCCCCUCUCGGACACCGCCGUCGCAAUCAUCACUCGCUCCUCCUCUUGUGACCUCUUGAGGACUCGUAACUUUGCGAAACCUUCAGUGGUUGGGGCUUCACCUGUGGAGCAGCGGGCCAAGGAAUUAACUAAAUGUUUGCCACAGACUCAUAUUAACCAUCAGGCGCCCUCUGGUGGCUGUAAAGGUACAGCAGAGGAGAGCAGGACCACUGCAAGGGGACAAAGGCCUUCACAGAAGCUGUUGGCAGAGAACAGCACAUCGACAGAACUGUUGUCAGCAUACAUAAACCAUGAGGAGCCAGUCGAUGAGUUCUUUAUCUGAUUUCCCGUCACAUAAUCUGUCCACAGGUCACAGUGGUGCAACCUGAUAAAUGAGGGCCUGUUCUGGAGAACAAAUCGCAGCAAAGUACCUCGGCAGGCGACCUGCUUCACCCAGAGGUGUCUGAACCCUUUAAGUGGCUUUACUGGUCUUACUGGUUCAUGUUUUACAACAAUGACACCCUCCAGAGAUCCAGCAACUUUGAGAUUAUGUUAGCAGAAAAGUACUGACUGUUAAGCUUUUGCACAGUACUUUACAAUAAUAUUCACCUUAAAGUUAUUCUCAUUUUCUAAUGUUGCUAUCAUGAACACCAAUGCAUUUUAUUUGGAUUUCAACUGAUAGACCAGUAUAAAGUAGAGGAUUAUUGGGAAAUUGAAGACAAAUUAUGAUUGUUUUACAAUUUUUUUUGUCAUAGAUAAAAAAAAGCAUCAGCUCUAACCAGCAUCCCUUUUACUGCUGAAUGGAAGAAGUCCCACAGCAUGAUGCUGCCACCACUGUUUCAAUAUAAGAGUGCUGUGCAAGCUUUCCUCCACUGUUUUGCAUGUGACCUUCUUCCACAUGUUCACUCUGUCUUCUUAUAACUUGUCAAAAAAAAACAAAAAACUUUUGUCUUCCCUGCUCUUCCUGUAUGGGUUUGCAGGUGUGCCAUAUUCUUUCCAUUUUCAGAUGUUAAUUUCUGUUAGGAAUUACUGGGACAUCAUUACUGAAGGAAGAAAACUUUGUGCCUGCAGGUAAUAUGAUGAUGCAGCCUUACUUAUAAAGAGUCAUGGAAAUUAAACAGCAAUGGUUGUGAGUCCAUAUGACAACGGUCAGGUAUGAUUGAUGAAGCCAGUUUAUACCUCAAUAAAAUGAUACGUAUAUAGAAUAAAAGUAGUUUUUAACUCUCUGAUAGAAUUACUGGGACAUCAUUACUAAAAGGAAGAAAACAUACAACAAUCUUCAGUGUGGAGGCUGUUAUGAAAAGAAGACUCAGUGAUGAGUAUUUAAUUUGACAGAGGAAGUAUAAAAUGUGUAAUAAGUUGUUUAAAAAGAAACCAUUUUCUAUGGAAAUAUGUCUGUUUAAUAUGUAUGUUUAAUGCUAAUUCAAACACUUUUUUGUCUUGAGCUCAACUUUUCCAGGUACAAAGAGGAGCCUUCUGCUUUAAGACAUAGAGCAAGUGUUGUAAACGAUAAGCCACUGGUUACAGGACAAACUCUGACCACUGUCGCCUUUGUAUUCCUAAUAUGAAUAAAUGAUGAUGCAGGAAAA